AUGGGUUUAGUUGAUAAACCUAUAAUUGUUGAUGGGAAAGAUCAUCUAUUGGGACGGUUGGCAUCAGUUGUUGCCAAACAGCUUCUCCUUGGUCAGAAAAUUGUUAUUGUGCGAUGCGAAGAUAUUGCCAUUUCUGGUAAUUUUCAUCGUUCCAAACUAAAGUUUAUGAGCUUUCUGCGUAAGCGAUGCAACGUUAAACCGGCGCGUGGUCCGUACCACUUCCGUGCACCAAGCCGUAUAUUUUGGCGAACUGUUCGUGGUAUGUUACCACACAAAACACAUCGCGGAAAGGCAGCACUGCUUCGUUUGAAAGCGUUCGAUGGUAUUCCACAACCUUAUGAUCGAGUUAAACGACAGGUACAUCCCGCAGCUUUGCGACAUUUGGCACUGAAACCACGAAGGAAGUAUUGCACAGUUGGACGUCUCGCGCAUGAGGUGGGCUGGCAGUAUCGUGAUAUAGUUGCAAAGCUGGAAGCCAAAAGAAAAGUUAAAAGUGCGGCAUUUUAUCAGCAUAAAAAGAUGAAAUCGAAAUUAUUCGCAGAGGCAUUGAAAUCAGAUAUUCGGUCGAACUAUAAGAAUAUGCUAGCGGAAAUUAGCAGUUUGUUGAAUGAAAAGCAGUACAAUAUUAUUGUGAUCAAAUGCGAAGACCUGAGCUCACCUGCUUUCUUGCAACUGUGCAUUGUUGAUUAUGCGAUGAAGAAGGAUGUGAAAGUCGUCUGUGUAUCGGCAAUACGAAAUAUGCUAGCUUUUAAGGCGAUGGCAAGUAAAGUAAUGAUACGACUAUCAGAAAAGCUGAAGUUUUUGUCAGUGGGCGAGCUCCUCCCCAAUGGUUUUAUUAGUGAUAAUGAUAACACGUUUUUCGCAUGCAUUUUGAAGGAAAUUAGUAAGCAUAUUGAAGAGGAGGAUAAAGAAAUAUUCAUCAUAUUUGACAGUUUCACGGUGUUCCAUGAUUUCACUAACACCGUUUCACAUAUUCCUGCAUUUAUGCGGCACCUGCAACAAUUCAAUAAGGAUUUAAAAAUCAAAUUGGUAGUAACUUUUCAAUCGAAGGACCAGAUUUCGAAUAUUAUUCUCCAUGAAAGUGAUAUUGUUAUCAGGAUAAAACGUAUUGGAAAUGGUUUUGCCAAAGACAUCACAGGACAGUUAUAUGUGAUGGAGCGCAGUGGUGAAGCGCCGUUUGCAGAAAAUAUUUUCAACUAUCAUUUGAGCGAUCGGUCUGCACGACUUUUUCCUCCCGGAAUGUCAAGGCCGAAAUUAUGA